AUGCCGGAUGCACUCUCUCGUUCACCAGUUCAGAGCCUUGUUGAGGACAAUGAUGUGCUGGAUGAUGCAGAUCCAUUGCAUGCUGCUGUUGUAUCGUCUUUACUAGCUACUUGUGAGGAGGGCAUAAGGUUAGCUCCUCUACGGGACCAGACGCUGGAUAAGAUUCGUGAUGCUUCUGCACAUGAUGGUGAAUAUCAGUCAUUAGGAGAUGUAGUAAUGAAAGGAUUUCCAGAUCAUAAGCAUAGCUUACCAGAAGAGUUGCGAGCAUACUGGGGAAUUCGGGACAUGCUGGCCGUGGAUGAUGGUUUGAUAGUUUAUGGACCUAGACUUCUCAUACCUCGCAGCCUGCGUAGCGAAACUUUGCAGUGUCUACAUGAUGCUCACCAAGGAGUGGACCGCACCAAGCGUCGAGCACGCCAGACUGUAUACUGGCCAGGGAUUGACAGGGACGUUGAGAAUACAGUGAAGUCUUGUUCUCGUUGCCGAGAGCUGUUACCAAGUCAGCAGAAUGAGCCUUUGAUGCAGGAAGACUUGCCAAGUCGAGUAUUUGAGUCCGUGUCUGCUGAUUAUUUUCAUAUCUCUGGCAAGACAUUUCUUGUGUACAUUGAUCGCCUAUCAGGUUGGCCGUAUGUAUCUUCGUGCAAUGGAUCAACUUCUGCAGCUCAACUAGUUAGUUUGUUGAGGCCAAUAUUUUCAGACACAGGUGUGCCUGUAGUACUGAAAACGGAUGGAGGACUGCAGUUCGCUUCAUCAACAUUGCGGCGUUUCCUUGCUCGAUGGGGGGUGGAACACCGCGUGACAUCGCCCUAUAAUCCAAAAGCAAAUGGUCAUGCCGAAGCUACCGUGAAGAUCAUCAAGAAGUUUAUUUUGACAACCACAAGAAAUAGCAAGCUGGAUGAGGAUAAGUUCGCACGAGGGCUUCUUGAGCUCAGGAAUACUCCACGGGCGGACGGUAGAUCUCCAGCGCAAAUCUUGUUUGGACAUCCUUUGCGUUCCAAGAUUCCGGCUCAUCAUCGUUCAUUUGCAAAGGAAUGGCAACGUACAGCUGACGAAUGUGACAUAAAGGCUAAGUACCUUCGGCAGCAGGCAAAGGAACGAUAUGAUGCCACUGCUAGACCACUCUCUAAGCUGAACCUUGGUAUGUACGUGGAUCUGCAGGACCCUAAGACAAAACGAUGGGAUAAACCAGGAGUUGUGGUCGGAAUUGGCACGAGGAGGGAUUACCUCGUGAAGACUGGGAGUGGGGCGCAUCUAUGGAGAAAUCGGAGGUUCCUACGACCUCAUCACCCUUUUUUGCCAGGAGACAUUAUUUCUCCGCCUAUCUCGGUGUUGGGUGGCGAAGCUUCAGGAUAUGGAGAUCGUAGAUCACCUGCAACAUCACCUAAGCCUGAUACUCAGUUAUCAGUUGCCUUACCAGUACGACGUAGUGGACGUCAGACACGGGCACCAGAGCGUUUAGAAAUAAGAUGGGACUCAAAAUCAUAUAAUAAAUAA